CAUCUUAUCUUCCAUAUUUCCUUGAUGUUCUUAGCGAAUACAGCUCUUCGAAAAGUUUUGCAAAGACGCAAUGAUGAUAGCAGAAAAAAAGAUUCCACACGUCAAAAAAUAUCUCUUUUUUGCCCAUCACGUACGCCAUCAAGUGAAAUCAGUACGCCUCAUUUGACUAAAACGACUGUACAGCAUCUGCACAGUGACCAAAAAAAGACCGUUUACGAGGAAUCUACAGUAAUUAUUGCAGAAAGUCAGGAUGCCGUGUACUCAUCAUUCAUGCGUGCACACAAAUGCUAUGACUUAAUUCCAACAAGUACCAAAUUGGUAGUUUUUGAUACGCAAUUAAAAGUUAAAAAGGCAUUUUUCGCUCUGAUUUAUAACGGAGUUCGGGCAGCUCCGUUAUGGGAUAGCAAAAAGCAGAAAUUUGUUGGAAUGCUUACUAUUUCUGAUUUCAUCCGAAUAUUGCACAAGUAUUAUACAAAGAAUGGUUCUCAAAGUGAGGGUAUACAGGGUCUUGAACAGCAUGAAAUAUCAACAUGGCGCGAGGAACUGGAACGAGAUGGUCAUUUAAAACCACUGGCAUCUAUAAGUCCUUCCGAAAGUCUUUAUCAAGCAGUUCAUCUUUUAUGCAAGGAGAAAGUGCAUCGUUUGCCCGUAAUGGAAGAAAGCUCCGGAAAUAUUGCUUUCAUUCUUACUCAUAAACGUCUAAUCAAAUUUCUUUAUCUAUAUGUGCUUGAUUUGCCGCGCCCUUCUUUUAUGGAUAAAACACCUCGCGAGCUAGGUUUGGGUACAUGGAAUAAUGUCUCAACGAUUACAGAAGACACCCCACUAAUAGAUGUCAUGGGCAUAUUUCUUUCAAAGCGAGUUUCUGCCUUGCCUGUACUAGAUAAAAAUGGCAGAGUUGUAGACAUUUAUGCAAAAUUCGAUGCUAUAAAUUUAGCAGCGGAUAAGUCUUAUAAUGAUCUGAAUAUAACAGCACGAGAAGCUUUGAAACAUCGUGUUGAUUGGUUCGAAGGAGUGCGUUGCUGUUCACCAAAUGAUUCUUUGAUGACAGUCGUAGAGAUGAUUGUUCGAGCUGAAGUUCAUCGGCUAGUGGUUGUUGAUGAUGAUAAGAAAGUUGUGGGAAUUAUUUCACUCUCAGAUAUACUGCGUUUCAUGGUUGUAGAACCACCAAUAACAUCUGCUAAUAGUAAGUUGCGUUAUUGUUUGGAGAGUUAUUCGGUUUUUGCAUUGUUUUUUCUUUCAGAUGAUGGUUCAGAUUUCACGAUGGAUGACGCGGCCGAAAGCUGUGAAGAAGUAUGUACUUAG